UGCCUGGGACACCGCCCAGACGCGUCCCCUGAACACUCACCACCAGUCCCUCCAAUCCCUGCCAACGUGGAUGGAGAACACCUCACUCAACGCCAAGGGCACAGGCUUAGGGACGGUCGAUGGUCACCUAGCUAGGGCUCGCUGUUGGUCCCCUUCCCCCCACCCCCGCACCUCGCAGCCGAGACAAACAGGAAGGAAGUGGAAACCCAUAAUCACAGGCUAUUGAUCAGAAAAAUAACAGACAAGCCCACUUGGAAGGACAGUCAACAAAAUACCUGACCAGUGCUCUACGAACGUGUCCAGAGUUGCUGUAGACUGGAGGAGACCAAAGAGACAUGAGGACUGAAUGCAGUGGGGGAUCCUGGAUGCGAUUCUGGAUCAGAAAAAGGACAUGUGGAAAACUGCUGAAGUCUAGAGAAAGCCUUGACUUUUUGAGAACUCCAAAGGGACAAGAAUGCUUUCUGUUUCUCUGGCAUCUAGAAUUGAGAACCCACAUAGGUAUUUGCUCAGCAGUUAUUUGGAAAAUGAUGGAAUGAAGGGAUUCCCUUUCGGGACAUUCUGUUCUCUCCAUCCAUCAACUUUAAACUUGACUUAAACAACAACAGUAAAAAAACUUGACUCAAUUUUUUUUUCCCAUGGUGGUUGCUUUGCUUUAUUUUUUAUUUUGGUGCUGGAGCUGGAAACUGUGGCCUCACCCAUGCUAAGCUCCACCACUGGGCUGCACUCCCAGCCCCUAAGCCUCAUCCUUAGUAAACAGCUGGGACAUAACUCUUGGAGGCUCUCCCACGAGGCUUGUUUUGUUGGGGAUAUCUUUAUCUCUACUGCUGUAUCUUGGUGCAAAACUUCAAAUACUUUGGUCAAUACACACUAAGAAGUGUUGGUGCAAUAGAAACCAAAUUAAAAUGUGCCUGGUGAAUGGGAGUCCGCACCUGAGGAGGAGGUGCAGGGAGAAGAAUUGCUUUGGGGGAAGCAAACCAACCCCGGUGUGGAUGCAGUGGGCAAGAGGCGCCUUCCUGUUCAGAUUUCUUAUAGCUGUUAUGGACUUCAGAAGGAUUUGCUGGGUGGAGACUAAAGAUUAAAAAGUAAAAUACAUCCCACUGAUAAAAGUGAAAUGUUUAAAUGACUUCAAUAAGUUUGUAAAUGGACUGAAAAAUGUAACCAACGACUCUUACAAAGAAUCCACUAGCCAUGGAAGUAACAAGAUAAUGAUAAUUACCAUUGUUACAAAAGGUUUCAGAGAAACUUUAUUUCUAAAGCUUUGGAAGUUUAUAUGACCCUGUGCAUCUAUUGUCCCAGCUACUUGGGAGGCUGAGGUAGGAAGACUUCUUGAGCCUAGGAAAUCAAGGCCAGACUGGACAACACAGUGAGACCCACCUCUUUAAAAGGAAGAAAGGAAAAUACUGCUGCCACAUAAUUCCAGUUUUUCCAUGCCAUUCAUAGUUUUGUUCUCUUCUUGGAGAGUUUUUAUUUUCCUGCUUGAAAAUGAGUAGUUUGCAAGAUGAAGUUUCAGAAAGCUUUGGUCAUGCUGUCAUCAACCUCAUGCCAAAUUCCUGACCUUUGCAGGACAUAAAGCUAUCCCUCAGGAAUGAGAAGUUAUGCUCCAUUUGUAUACAAUGUGUGAAAUGUAUUCUACUGUCAUGUACAGUCAAUUAGAAACAAAACAAAACAAAACAAAACAAAAAAACUAUCUCUCCAGUUCCAGUCUGGCCUAACCUGGCCUGGGCUCCUCUCCUCUGAGGCCAGGGGAUUGCUUCACUGGACACUGCGUCUGGAAUUUCCUGAGCCCACCGUGUAUCCGAGUCUAGUAGGAAAAAGGGUAGAAGCUCCAUGAGUACAAGUAAGCUCCAGGCACAGAAGGGCCUUCUCCGGAAAGCCAAGAGUAAGUUCUCCCGAAAUGCCUACUUCGCCUCCCUCGAUCGGGGCAAGGUUCAGAGGUUGAGAGAAAACCCGGUCUGAGAAAGGAUGGGGCUUAGGACCUAUCAUUCCCGCUCCUCUCGCUGCUUCGGUCAUUCAACACUAAGGGGGCGGAGCCUGAACUGUAUCCAAUCAGGAGCGCAGGGGUGGGGUGCGGGCUGGCCAAUCCAGCGGCCUGACCGGGCUGCGCCCGACGUCUUUCAAUAUUCUCGCGGGAUCUUAUUUCUCGCACGCCCCACUCCCCGCUGCGGUUUGGCUUCUCUGCUGCUACCGGAGUGCCGGCUGAGCUCUACACUGGCCGCCGGAGCGGAGAACCCAGGAGACUUCGGAAGAGGGAAAACGAAUCUCCAGAUGGUCAUAUAUUACUUUACAUAGUCAUAUUCUGCAUGGCGUUUCAGUCAACGAUGGAUCCCAUGUAGGACAGUAGUCACCAGCAGCCUCAUGCAGCUGAUGGUUUACUGCAUCUUUCAGUUAUUCUCUUGUACUCAGUUUAAUUUCAUGUCAUUUUGCUCAUCAUGGCUCCUACUCACACAAAAUCCACUGCUAAAGUUGCCAGUAAGAGAUCACGUCGAGUGAUUGACCUAGAAACGAAAUUGAAAUUGAUUAAGGACUAUGAAGGUGGGAAAUCAGUGAUGGUUAUUGCUCGCCAGUCAGGGAUGUCCCAUUCCACCAUAGCUACAAUCUUGAAGAACAAGAACAAAGUGACAGAGGCUCUUAAAGGAUCUGCCUCAUUGAAGGCUACCAGACUAACAAAAAUUCGGGAAGGACCCAUAUCAGAUAUGGAGAAACUUCUGAUGACCUGGAUUGAAGACCAGACCCGGAAGCGGAUCCCUCUCAGUACCAUGAUGAUCACAGCUAAAGCCAAAAGUUUGUUUGCAAUGUUGAAGGAAAAGGCUGGACCCGACUAUAAUGUUGAAUUCACUGCCAGCUCUGGAUGGUUCAAGCGAUUCAAGAAUCGCUAUUCAUUGCAUAAUGUGAAAGUGAGUGCUAACGUCACCAAGGAGUGUAUGAAUGGCAUCUGGAAGAAGACGCUCAAGAGGUUCGUCCAUGACUUCAAAGGAUUUACUCAGGAAGAGGAAGUCACAGACAUGGACAAGGCUGUGGUUGAGAUGGCCAACAACUUUACUCUGGGUGUGGAGGAGGAUGACAUUGAGGAGCUCCUGGAGGUGGUUCCUGAGGAACUGACCAAUGAGGAGUCACUGGACCAGGAGCACAGAGCCCAAGAGGAGGCAAGAGAAAAGGAAACUGCAGGAGAAGAGAAAGAGCUCCCAAGAAAAUUCACAGUGACAGGACUAGCAGAAGCUUUUACAGACCUCAACAAGCUCCUUAAAAAGUUUGAAAGCAUGGACCCCAACCCUGAAAGGUUUUCAUUAAUAGAGAGAAACGUUCAUGGUGCUUUAUCUGUGUAUAAGCAGAUCUAUGAGGCAAAAAGGAAGCAAAUGAACACGGACAUGUUUCUGAGAAGAGGGGCACCUCAAGAAGAGCCUCAGGCAGGUCCCUCAGGAGGCAUUGUCAUCAUAGGAGAUGACGGCACCAUGCGCAUUAUUGCCCCUGAGGACCUUCCCGUGGACUGUGUCAGAGAGGUGGAAGACAGUGAUAUGGAUGACCCAGACCUUGUGUAGACCUAGGCUCAUGUGUAUGUCUGUUAUAGUUUUCAACAAAAAAAGCUUAAAUUAAAAAAAAUUAAAAGUCAAAAAAAGCUUAUAGAAUAAGGAUAUAAAGAAAGAAAAGAUUUUUAUACAGCUGUGUAAUGUGUCUAUGUUUUAAGCUGUUAUUACAAAAGAGUCAAAGGUUUAAAAUCUUAAAAAGUUUAAAGUCUGGUAAGCUAAGGUUAAUUUGUUAUGGAAGAAUGAAAAAUAUAUAUUUUAAUAAACUGGUAUAGCUUAAAUGUACAGUGUUUAUAAAGUCUACAGCAGUGUACAGGAAUGUCUGCAGUGUUCACAUUCACCCCUCACUCGCUGACACCCAGAGAACUUCCAGUCCUGCAAGCUCCGAUCAUGGUCUUUCAGGACUCACUGGACUUUGAAGACUGAACUUCAGCUGGAAGGAGAGGACGUUACUGGGUCCUUCCCAGAACACACUACAAAGAUGUAGCGCUGGCAACCCUUGAAGGUCUACAUUUUAGAAAUAAAAUUGGAAGACUAGAACAUUGAAGACCAGUGCAGAAAUCCCAGGAGAAAUCAAAGAGGUCAUAUGAUAGACAACAUGAAGAAGGUAGUCAGUAUGGAGAAACUUCCAGCCAGAUUCCAGGUCAUAAUCUAAAAAAGAAAACUCCUCCUAGAAUAAAACCUUGUGAAAGUCAUGUGUUUGGAGAAGUCUUCGUUGGUCAUUCAUCCCUACAUAGGCAUAUCAGAGUUCAGCCUGGUCAGAGUAUCAGGAAUAUGGAAAGGAGCCAUGUACACAUAAGAAAUGUGGGAAAGCCUUCAGUCAUGGCCAGUGCUUUCAAAUGAAUGAAAGGACUCACACUGGACAGAAACUCUGGGAGUGUAAGGAAUGUGGAAAACAUUUCUCUGAAAAGUAUUCAGAGACACUUGACAUAAAACACAGUGGACAUUUUGAAUGUAAGGUGUGUGGGAAAGCCUCUGGUUAUCCCAAGAAAGGAUACACUGGAGAAGACUUACUGUGUGAUUGUACAGAAUGUGGGAAAGCCUUCAAUUAUAACACGAAUCUUUGAAAAAGUGAAAGGACUCACACAAGGGAGAAACCCUAAAUCAAUUUUUAUUAUCAACAAAGCCUUUGUGCCACAUGUGGGGGAGGACAUUGUUGACAGAGGCCUAUAAACAAAAGUGUUUGGGAACGUCUUUUGUCAUCCCAGUUCAAUUCAGAGUCAUAAAGGAACACAGUGGAGAGAAGCUUCUUGAACAGAAGCGAUGUGAGAAAGUCUUCAGUUGGCCUCCAUGUAAGAAUACACACAAGCCAGGUACUAUGGUACCCUCCUGCAGCCCAGCCACUGAGGCUGGGCAGGGAAUGCUGCUUGAGCCCAGGGGCUCAAGACCAGCCAGGGCAGCAGAUGAGACCCCUUCUCAAAAUAAAACAACAAAACAAAAACAAAAUGUACAUUGGAUCAAAACCUCAUAAAUGUGAAAAAUACAAGAAAGUUUUCAGUUUUAACAAAUACAUUAAAAGUAAUCUGAAAACUCCCAAUGUAAUUUGUAAUUUGUGUUUAAUACUCCCCAAAAAUAUACAACCCAAAGAAAAUGUUAUAAAAUCAUAAAUUGUCUCUACCAGUGGCUCUUUCCUAAAAACAAGCCCCUGGACUAUGUACUUCUAAUUCUUUUUUUUUUUUUUUUUCUGCAGUGCUGGGGAUUGAACCCAGGGCCUUGUGCUUACAAGGCAAGCACUCUACCAACUGAGCUAUAUCCCCAGCCCUGGAUUUCUAAUUCUUAUUCUUACUCUUAAAAUAUUGAGGGGUCAGAAUUCUGUAAGAUAUCAUUUAAACAAUAGUGGAGUGUUUAGUAGGCAGCAUUUCCCCUGAGGUUAGUUAAUAGUUAUGCUGAUUUUUUUUUGGGGGGGGAGGGGCAAUGGGGAUCAAACCCAGGACUUUGUGCAAGCUGAGCAAGUACUCUACCACUGAGCUACACCCCAAACCCCUCAUCAUUCCAUUUUGAAACCUGUUGGAUCCAUGGGUGAAAUGAAAUAUAUUUCUAAUUUAUAGGUAGGUUUAAUCCUUACAUAGUUUAAAAGUAUUUCCUUAAUUGACAGGACACUGCAAAAUGAGUUUUUGUUAAUUGCUGGAUUUACCCACUGGUGCCUCAUGGCAGGUUCUGGAUAUCCCUUACCCACUACAGAUUUAUGACCUAAGUUCCUGGCUUAUGAUUUUUCCCCUUUGGGAUGCUCUGAAAGUCAUACACAUUUAGUAGAAAUAUUGCUUUGAAUUUUGAUCUUUUCCCAGGCUAGUAAUAUGUAGUACAAUAAUCUGUCAUGAUGCUGGGUAAUGGCAGCAACUCACUAGCAACCUCCCAAUCAUGGGGGAAACAACCCACACUCUAUAGUGUACUGAGCACGUUUACGGAAGGCUAGGCUCAACUAUGAUGUAUGAUGUGUUUUAAAUGCAUUUUCAACUUGAGAUAAGUAUCAUGACCUAACCCUAGUUAUACAUUGAGGAGCCUCUGUGUAUACAUUCCACCUUUAUUUCUUAUGGGGAAAAAAAACAACAACUUUAUUUUGGUUGUAAGAAGUUUAUUCCAUUUCUUUGCUAAUGAAUAGUUGACAUCCAUUUGUAAGCAUGUAACAUUUAUCAAAUAGGGCAAGUCUGAUAUUAAUUAUUUUUAUCUUUUGCUCUGCAUUUUUUAAAGCUGUUAUUUGGAUAACUGACUUUGAAUAAAGAAAAAAGUCAUGUGAUCUGACAAUAAAAUCUAGAGUUGGAAUUAGAUCUCUGAAUUGUGUUAUGUCAAUGUUGGUAAUGUUGGAAACUAGAUUUCCCAGAACGCAUUCCCCUUACAGUUCCAUGUCAGAAUCCAUCAAUACCCUAACUUGCAUGAGAUUUGGAAAGCAGAAGUGUAAAAGGCAUUGGUUAGAUUUUGGAGGCACCGUACACAGAGAUAGCCAGCUGUACACCAAUUGUACAGACAUUGCACUCGUUCCUGCCCAUUUUCUAGAAACUUUGCUCUGCCAAUGAAGAAUAUCUUCUAAACCACUGCCGACUAGACUUCCAUUUCUUAGAGGUGCAGGUUUCCACAGUUGUCUCCAAAGAUCCACAUUAAAAAUCCAUCUGUAGGGGCUGAGGUUGUAGCUCAGUGGCAGAGCACUUGCCUUGCAUGUGUGAAGCACUGGGUUUGAUACUUAGCACCACGUAAAAAUAAAAAAAGGCAU